UGUGCGAAAAUUCCAUUUUGUCUCACUUACAAUUCUCGAAGAUCGAGACAGAUUUUUUUCCAAAUAAAUAGCAGAGGAAAAUGAACGAACAGCAUCAGUUACAAUUUGCCUUGUAAGCCAAUUGAAUCAAUUAAUCAAUCAAUAUGAAAUUCACUUUCGCUCUCAUCGCCCUCUUUGGUUUGACUGCUCUGACAACCGUCUUCGCCGAACCAAAACCAGAACCAGAAGCAAAAAAAUGCUCAAGCGGAUCGUCCGGCUGUUCAAGUGGCUCUAGCAGCAACACUGGAUGUGGAUCAUCAAGCCCAUCUGGAUCGUCCGGCUGUUCAAGUGGCUCUAGCAGCAACACUGGAUGUGGAUCAUCAAGCCCAUCUGGAUCAUCCGGCUGUUCAAGUGGCUCUAGCAGCAACACUGGAUGUGGAUCAUCCGGUUCAUCAAGCUCAGGCACAGGCUACCUUUGUGUCAACAUUCCACAAUCGUGCGGUUCAAGCUGCGGAUCAUCGUCAAGCUGUGGUUCAUCGUCGUCAUCGAAAAGAUCCAAACGUUCAAGCCGUUCAUCAAGUAACAAAAGCUGCAAACGACCAUGCCGUUCAUCAUCGUCGUCGUCAUCAUGCAAGAAGCGUUGCAAGCGCUCAAGCAACUCAUGCAAAUGCUAA